CAUACUGAAUAGUGGCACGAACUACAGUGUUUAUAAUGGUUUAUAAUCUGUGGCAGGUUUGGUCGUUGUGGUAGUGGAAGAGUUGAGAAGAGAUAGAUAUGAUUGAUUUCCUCCCAAACAUUGAUUACGAGUUGUGCAUUUUAUUACAUUUGAGCUUGCGCUUCUUACUUCUAAUGUUUGCUGAACUUGCAGCAAGGUCGGUGCGGUCGAUGCUGGUGUAAGUUGUAGUUGUCAAACGUCUGGCAUGAGUUGGAGGGUUAAGGGUGUCACUGUGUGCGGAAUGCCAUGAUGGACCCAAAUCCUCUGAGUGUUAUCCUUGUGAAAAGUGACAGUAAGGGCGAUCGAUUGCUGUUCCGUUAUCCAUACACUACAGAUGCACGCAGUGAAGCUGGACAACAGAACCGACGCCGCAAUCCAUAUGCACUGACGAUAACAGAGGACCUACUGCAGACACCUCCCCCUCAGACUUCCAAUAUCUGCAAUGGUCACCUUACUGGGUUCUCAGACGAAGUGCUUUCCACACUCUUUGCAGUGAAGCCAGAGCUCUGUGAACGCAAGUUUGAACUGAAGGUGAAUGAUGUACGUUUUGUAGGGCACCCCACCGUGCUCAGUGACUCAAUCAUCCUCACCAAUAUAGUGUUUGCCCUACAUGCCACAGCUAGCCACUCCAUUGUCAAGUGCUACUACGAUCUGAGUAAGAGACUUGGCAUUGCACUGCGGCAUGAGGAGCGGCGUUGUGGCUACCUUAGUCAGGAGACAAAGACCAUGGUCAUGGCACAUGAUGAAGUGGCUGCCAGACCAGAGGGAGAGAAGCCAGAGGAUGCUGAUUCUCCAUUCAACCUGAUUUUGGAGCGUAGUACCCUGGCACGCAACUUGAAGGCUGUGUACGACGACCUGAUCUCAAUGGGUGUUGUACAUGUGCGUGUCAACAGGUGGAUAGAAGUGAGUUUCUGUCUGCCACAGAAAGUGCACCAGUUUGACAAGAAGGACUUCAUCAUUGAACCUGAGUCCAUACACAGGUGUCUGCAGUCACUGCGCCCAUACCAUGGGUUACUGCUGCUGGUGGAAUCCAGUGAACUGCUGAACCACCUGCCCCCUGAUGCCUCACCUGCUCUGGUGCGCCUCGUCCGCAUGUACAGCCCCCUCAAGAGCCUUCAGACAUUGGCUGCAGAUGCUGACCUCACUGUAUCCCAGGUGUUCCAGCUGGCAGGCCACCUGUUGUACUGGGCCAGGGCAACUGUAAUCUACCCAUUGUGUGAGAGUAAUGUUUAUGUCAUUGCUCCAGAUUCCCCAACACAUGUCAGCUCUCCCCUUAUCGAGCGCUUCUCGGAGCAUUUUCCAGGCAUGAACCUUUUGCAGGUAAUGAGUGAUUUCUCACUACCAACUUCCAUCAGCCUGAAGAUUAACCCCCUGAACCAUCCGCAGCACCAGUCACAGCUUGUGCAGAUGAUAGUUUGGAUGUUGCAGCACCGACUCUUGCUGCAGCUGCACACCUAUGUGUACUUCAUGCCAACAGCCAAUGGGCCCCGUCUGCCUCAGGAGAGGCUGGUGCGGCAGCAGAGUCAUAGUAUGCAUCAAAGCUCAACUCGAGAUGGGAGCUACCAGAGCACACCAGAUGAGCAGUUUAGUGUCAGUGUAGGUGGGUUCAUGGGUGGACGGGCACCUAGUGAAAGUGACCUCAGCUCCAACAUCAGUGACGAUGUUCUUGUCACGCCUGGCAGCAAGUUGAAUGGGUUGCCCAUUCAGACAAGCAGUUCAUUGGUCUCAGCAGACACUGAGGUCAGUUUUGUGAGUGCUCUGGAAGAGGAGAAAUCAAGUCUGGUUCGUGAGGAACUUCUGGCUGAUUUCAGCGAUGAAGAGCGAACUGCAAUACUCAAGAUACCUGCUGCAGCCAAUCCAGAGGACCUCCAUCUCUUGGCACGACUCUGUCACCAAGGCUAUCUGCGGGGUUAUCACCAUCUGGAGGAGAUCAUGUACCUGGAAAAUAUUCGACGUUCCCAGCUCCUUCAGUUGCUGGACAAGUUCCGUGAUGUGCUGGUCACUUGUGAAACUGAGGAUCCUGCUAUUGCCAUGUUCUACUCUCAUUCCUACACAUGAACACCGGUUUCCUUCACGUAAGUUGAGAAUCAGGAAUGUCAGAUGUAAAGGAUACACAUAAGUAUGAUCGUUUUGCAGCCUAGCUUUUAUAUAUAAAUCAGUACAAGUACAUUUAACAAAUUGUUUGUUUCAUGUAUAUAGUUGACAAGUUGUUUACAGGAUAUACAAUGUUCAGUUGGAAGAAUAUCUGGAGAACAUGGUAUGAUGUUCUGUGUGCAGUGAAUGUGUCAGUGGUGUCAUGAUUCAGUUUGACGCGAUGCUUAUGUGUGCAUAAUGACUGGGUUAGUGGUGUCAUUGAUUGAAUUUCGUGCAGUGUUUGUGUGUAUGCAGCGACUGUAUCAUUAACAUCACGAUUCAAUUGCAUGCAGUAAAGAUUUUUUUUUAUAUUCCAUAUUCCAUUACACGAAAUAUUUAAGUACGGUGAAAUUUCAGCACUUAGGACACAGGCUGUUUCUCUGAUCCAGAAACUUGUGCUAUUGGACUGUUGUGAGUUGUACUUUGUUUUGUUUGAAUAAAUCUUAAAGUUUUAGUUUCUUGAUACACAUUCCCAUUUAAUAUAAACUUAGCAAAAUUAUAUAGAAAUAUUUGAUCCUGUAUGAGACCCUCUCAUGGCUCAUAGUGAAACUUGCAUUUCUCUGAUGUAAUAUGUACCCAUCACUUAACCUUGAUGAGCAUUAGUCAGAUGUACAUGACAGAGUUUGCAAAGUAACAAUUGUAAUAUCAAUUAAUGAUUUGUUUUUUUAUAUCUGUAUACAGUGGCUGAUAGAAAUUAUAAAGUAGCAGUGCUUUUCUUGGCCAGUAAGUACCGGUAUGCAUACAUGCAAACAAUUGAUGCAUGCUGACAAAUUUAUCAAAAGAUUAACAUCUGCCAGUUCAUUUACGUUAUAACUGUGAGGCUAAAACUGAACAUGAGAUUACAGGCAAACUUUCUCUGG